AAUUUGGAAAAUGCCCAAGUCAACUUGACUCACGCUGGGAUCAAAGAUUUCUUGUUUGAAGCCGAAUGAGAAUCCUUUGAAUCAGAAAAAUUUUCAUCUUCAGUAACGAGAACAAUGUCCAAUUCUCCCCAAUUCUUCGCGAGCUUCAAGCAAACCUCCCAAUCCCUAAAAGCUAGUCUUCGUCCAUGGUUACUUUUUCUAGACCUCACCUCUCUCUACCUCCCCUCCUCCAUCCCCGACGCCACUACUCGUUUAACUCAGAACCUCACUCAUUUCGGUGCUAAUUACUCAAUCAUCGUCUUGCUUGUCCUCUUCUUGAGUCUCCUUUAUCAUCCUCUCUCCCUAAUCGCCUUCUUUAUCACGCUCGUUGCUUGGGUCUUUCUUUACUUCUCUCGCGAGGAGCCCCUCAGUGUUUUCGGUUACCAGGUUAAUGAUUUGCUGGUUUUAGUUGCGCUUUUCGCGGUGACGGUUUUGGUAUUGGUUUGGAGUGGCGUUUGGCUUAAUGUAGUGGUUGCGGUCGGAAUCGGUAUCGUUUUGGUCAUUUUACACGCGCUGCUCAGGAGCACGGAUGAUCUUGUGGCGGAUGAUAUAGAAACGUCGCCGUAUGUGAAUCUGCUUUCUGAUGAUGAUAGCCUAAGAGGGUUUUUGUAGCGGUACUUGAUCUUUUCUUCUUCUUGGAAAGAUUCUUGCUUUCCUUUCAUGCGAUUUUUAUCAAACAUAAUUGUUGUUUUUGUAGAUUACUGCUUUUGAAUUUCUUGAUAAAAGAUUUGAGGUGGUAGUCAGUUGUACGAAUUUACUAAAGAAAAAUCAAUGGAUGGCGAGGAAUCGUUGCUAUAGUUUUGUAA